UUGCACAUUGAUAAAUCGCAAUCGCACCACAACGUUGUGACCUUCGCAGGAGCACCUACAGAUUUCAUUGUCAGUGUCAAGCGGGAAAAAAUCAAUGGAGGACCUGACGCCAUUAACCAACCUUCAACAGAUUUCCGAGGGUGCGCCGCGCAAGAAAAAGAUGACCGAACGCCAGCCGUUGCUCCUGCAGAGCGAUGCCUCCGACUACGAGGGCAGUCGAGGAUCGUCGGCACGACCCGUGCGCAGCUCUCCGCCGGACAACACGCUGGUCAACGUGCACAGCGAGGACAGCCUAGCAGUGCACGCAGCAGCCUCGGGAUCGGGAGACGAUGAACGCGGAGCCACGGACAAGUCCAGCUACAACCCCACCCAUCAUCGCACUCUGGAGCAUCCGACGUCCAACUUCGACACCCUGGUCCAUCUGCUGAAGGGCAACAUUGGCACGGGCAUCUUGGCCAUGCCGGAUGCCUUCAAGAACGCCGGCCUCUAUGUGGGACUCUUUGGCACCAUGAUCAUGGGCGCCAUCUGCACCCACUGCAUGCAUAUGCUGGUCAACUGCUCGCACGAGCUGUGUCGGAGAUUCCAGCAGCCUGCUUUGAACUUUUCGGAGGUGGCAUACUGUAGCUUUGAAUCUGGACCCCUGGGCUUGAGGAGAUAUUCGAUUCUGGCCCGACGGAUCGUUACCACGUUCCUGUUCAUAACCCAAAUCGGUUUCUGCUGCGUCUACUUUCUGUUUGUGGCGCUGAACAUUAAGGACGUCAUGGAUCACUACUACCAGAUGCCCGUGCAGAUCUAUCUACUCAUAAUGUUGGUGCCCAUGAUCUUGUUGAAUCUGGUGCGGAACCUCAAGUACCUGACGCCCGUGUCGCUAGUGGCCGCUCUUCUCACUGUGGCCGGUCUGGCCAUUACCUUCUCCUACAUGCUGGUGGAUCUGCCCGAUGUGCACACUGUGAAACCUGUAGCCACCUGGGCCACGUUGCCCCUGUACUUCGGAACCGCCAUCUACGCGUUUGAAGGGAUUGGCGUUGUCCUGCCGCUGGAGAACAACAUGCGCACCCCCGAGGACUUUGGCGGAACCACCGGUGUUCUCAAUACGGGCAUGGUAAUCGUGGCCUGUCUGUAUACAGCGGUCGGGUUCUUCGGCUACCUGAAGUACGGCGAACAUGUGGAAGGCAGCAUAACCCUAAAUCUGCCGCAGGGCGAUACACUCUCUCAGUUGGUCCGCAUCUCCAUGGCCGUGGCCAUCUUCCUCUCUUAUACACUUCAGUUCUAUGUGCCCGUGAACAUCGUUGAGCCUUUUGUGCGUAGUCAUUUCGAUACCACGCGGGCCAAAGAUCUUUCGGCCACAGUCUUGCGCGUCGUUCUAGUCACCUUUACCUUUCUCCUCGCCACCUGCAUUCCCAAUCUUGGCUCCAUUAUUUCGCUUGUUGGAGCCGUGAGCAGCUCAGCUUUGGCCCUGAUUGCGCCACCAAUAAUUGAAGUUAUCACCUUCUAUAACGUUGGCUACGGUCGCUACAACUGGAUGCUGUGGAAGGACUUUCUCAUCCUGAUCUUCGGACUCUGUGGCUUCGUCUUUGGUACCUGGGCCAGCUUAGCUCAAAUCUUAAACGACACCACCCAUUAAGAUAAAAAAAAGAGAAGAGCAAAACAAAAACAGAACCUGGCUAGUUCUGGUUCUGCCUACAAAAUGUGUGCGAAUUUAUGACCGAAGGCUUUAUGUAGUUUCUCCCAGACUACGAAUAUGUUUACCAUUAGUUGUUUAACUAUUCGACACCAGUGGUGGUGCUCUAGUUUGUUUAAUUUAUUAUUAUCGCGAAUUAGUUGCAUUUUUUUUUGUUAUCAAUUAGCUGCAAUCGUACCAGACAAUAACUAGCAUUUUAAGUAGAAAGUUUUACGAUAUAUCUGUUUGUUCAGUUUUGUCAGUUGGAGAAUAUUUCUGUGUUAACUCGAGGACCGCACAAUGCCAAAAGUGAUUUUACGUAGUAUUCUUAAAUAAAUUAUUAUUUAGCUUUUACUAUGUAGCCUAGGUUGGGGCAGAUCAUUCCAAAGCAAUUGCUGAGAAUUUCCCAAAACCGAGAUUAGCUAAAGUUAUCUGCAUACUUUUAUCGUUCUUAUAUUUGUAAUUAUAUAUGUAUAGGUACUCCACAUACCGUAUUGGGUCCCCAAAUCUCGACCUCCGAUACAAUAUUGUAAAUACAUCAAUUCGGUGUAUCAACGUAUGUUCUUUAAUGGUUCAACGGAUAACAAAAGACAAUAAUUAAUAUAAUGUUUAUAAAAAUCAGUACCACAAA